AACCAGAAAGGCGAGGGAGAUAAAUGAAAGGUUAAGGUAGGUUCGGUUGAAGUGAAAACAAAGAAUUUCGCUGACGUUUCGAGCGCUAGUCCUUCGUCAGAGCAGACUCGCCGGUUCCGAGCAUAUCAUGAACCACAGGGACCCUGAAAAAUGCCAGGGAUUGAGAACUUUUUAAUGAUUUAUUUGAAUUUAUUUUUGCAUACUUCGCCUAUUCAUGGUUAAAACUGGUACCAAAAUUGUCUGCUUCUAUGGAAACGCAAUUUCAAAUAGAAAACAAAUGGCAUGUAACAAAUCAACGAAAUACUGGCAACUUUUUCUCUAAGAAAUGAAACCAUAAAUUCUACAGGGAAGUGCGAUGACCGCUUUGGUCGGAAUUGUGCUUGCCGUCAUGUACUGGUCAGCGGCUUUUCAAGAUGCAAACGGGAGAAACGUGCACGAAUACGCGCUCACUAAGAAACUGUUUAAUGAAGGGGAGCAUUCGCAUCCACACUCCGAACUUAAGCCAAUCAACGUGAGCGUCGGGUUUUCAAUAAGGAACUUAAAAUACAUGGACGUCAAAAAAGGAGAGAUAGCGCUUAACGUAUGGAUGAGUUUUCUGUGGAAAGACCCACGUCUCACAUGGAACCCAACGGAAUUCGGAAACAUAAGUUAUUUGACUAUGAAGGUGGAUAAAAUCUGGAGCCCGGAUAUGAUGUUAACGUUAGCAACUGGAAAGAUUGUAGAAUUUGUGAGAGACAUUCCAGGCAGUUUGGAGUUUAGAGCCAUCAUAACCCACGAAGGUUUAGUGAAAAUAUUCCAACCAACGUCCAUCUCGACAACCUGUGAAGUCAACAUCGCUUUCUACCCGUUUGACGAGCAUACGUGUUUCAUUGAGAUCGGUCCUUGGUCUAUGAACACUGCCGCAGUGAAUGUGAUCUCCAUGGGCCUCAUUUUGACAGACUACUCUACUCAUAACGAAUGGAAUCUCAGCCCGCUGGAAAUUAGGAAAAAAGAAUUCUACGAUCAGUGUUGUCCCGGACCCUAUGGGUACAUAUCUUUCCCUCUACUUCUGUCAAGGCGACCGCUGUUUAGAACGAUUAACUACGUCUUUCCGGCCAUUAAUAUCGCUGUGUUGUCUCUCCUGGUUUUUCUUAUUCCUCCCGAAGUUGGCAAAAGCAUGGAGGCUGGUAUCAACCUGUUGCUGAGCCUGUCCGUGUACCUUCUGCUUGUUAACUCCAAGAUGCCAAGUACCUCGCUCACUUUCCCUCUCCUGACAAAAUUCUACGCAUGCGCCAUCUUCAUUCUCGUCAUCUCCAUGUGCUGUUCGAGUUGUGUGUACGCACUUUACUUCAUGAACCCGUCAGGAUGGGACCUCUAUCACAUGCCGCCUGUUUUACAGGUGAUGAUUUUUGAUUGGCUAGGACCGUUGGUUCGAUACCCGUACAGACCCCCAAACAGAUAUCCAUACAAACCCCUCAAACGCUCAAAAAUUACUCCGACUGUCAUCAAUGUCGCCACAAGUUCCCAAACAAAUAUCACUGAUGUAAACAGUAUAUCCAAGAAGCAAUACACGGAGCAAGUAAACGACCUUAAACCUGAUGACUCGGGCUUAUGUGCGCAUGCGCAGGAGGCAGUCGAGAAAGAGGAUCGUGAUGAGAAGAGGAGUAGUAGAGCCCGAUCAAGUGAGUCAACUGGAAUUCAAAAGGGUGACAAGGAAGUCACUGAUGCUGAAAAAGAGACAGAUUUAGGCACUGGUAGCAGUGGUCCAUCACUGGCUGUAUUGUCAAACCCGAGAGACCUCGAUGUUUCUCUCGAGUUCAUAGCUGAGCACUCGAGACGGGAAGCGCAAAGGCGGGAAAACCAUGAGUACUGGCAAGCGGCCUCCAUGAUCGUCAGCCGUGUUUGCGUGGUUCUCCUCGUAAUCAGCAUAGUCGCGUCUUUCUUGGCUUGUUUCAUGCUUUCUCCACGGCUAAGAUAGUGAGCCAAUCAGAGUAACAUUAAAGGAGUUACCCGUGCCCUCAUUGGCCUUCUUGUAAGCCAGUCCUAUGAUACUGCGCAUGCCAUGAUUGGUCUCCUCAUGGUUACAUAGUCGCGUCUUUCUUGGCUUGUUUCAUGCGUAACGUUAACGAUGUUUCGCGUGUCCUGAUUGGUCUUAUCGGAAGCCAAUCAAAGCCCCGUUGAAAAGAGAAUCAUAGAAACUCUAUGAUAGCACUGUGUGCCAUGAUUGGUCUUUUUGUGAUAGUUAUGUUUCAUGGGUUCUUCCAUGCUAUUUAAUAGUAAUCCAAUCAGAGGACUGUUUGGGGAACAACUACGCAUUCGCCGAUUUAUCGUCUCCUGUAUGUUUCAGCAAAGUCUCGUCUUUUUUGCAAAUAAAAGACGAGUGAACAUAACAAAUGGUGCGUUGAUUUGGUCACGAAGCAGAUUGCAACUACGCAUUCGCCGAUUUAUCGUCUCCUGUAUGUUCCAGCAAAGUCUCGUCUUUUUUGCAAAUAAAAGACGAGUGAACAUAACAAAUGGUGCGUUGAUUUGGUCACGAAGCAGAUUGCAAUUUAGAUGCUUGCAAAUGCUUGUAAAUAACUCGUUGUCGUCUUGUCUGAGUUGUGCAGAAUUAAAAACAUUGAUAUACAAUUAAUGGACUAAAUUCGACUCGUUGAAAAGGCGAGCUUAGUUACUAGAUGGAAAUGCGCUAUAUGAAGCUGAAAUGGAUAGGAGAGGCGAAAAAAAAUCCUGAUAAAAGUAUCUCAUUAAAAGAAUGCAAUUCUAA